AUGGCAGAGGCAUUCAAGUUUAAGCUACUUCAAUCCACCCCUUACUAUGCUCAAGCUAAUGGACAGGCAGAAUCUAAAACCCUAUGGGCAUAUAGGACUUCAAAGAGAGAGGCAACUGGCAUGACUCCAUAUGCUUUAACCUAUGGUCAUGAUGCAAUUCUGCCUAUGGAGAUAGUAGUCCAAUAUCUUAGAAUUGCUCAUCAACACAAUCUGACUGGAGAAGACUAUUCUCAAGCCAUGCUGCUAGAACUAGAAGGAUUGGAUACAAGUAGAAUCGAUACCCUCAACAAACUCUUAGCAGGAAAAUAG